AUGACGCCUAUAGUCCCCUCACACCCAACCCGCUUGGCCCGCUCCUCCACACUCCCCAACCCCUUGCCCCCUCACACCAGCCUCCCACCGCCUUGCCCUCCCGCCUCACAAACCACAACAGCAACCUCACGUUGGCCCAGCCCCUCACACCCCCAACCCCCUUGGCACCCCUCCAACACCAUGCCCAACCCUUGCCCCCUCCUCGACAUCCCCAACCCUGUGCACCUGGACCUCACAUCCCCAACCUCCUUGCCGCUUACCCUCAACAGACGCCCCAACACCCCUUGCCCCUCUCAACACCCCAACCCCUUGCCCCCUCAACUCCCAACCCCAAUUGCCCCAUCUCACAUCCCCAACGGCCCUUGCCAUCCCCUCACUACCCCGCCAAGCCCCAUUGGCCCCUCUCGUACAUCCCCAACCCCUUGCCCGCCUACUCUCCUCACAGCUUUCGACCUAAGUAGUCUCAUAUACACCUCCCCCAAACCCCAUUGCCCACACACCCCCAACCCUAAGCCCCCUCCACAUCCCAACCCCUUUGCCCCCACACACUGCCCCAACCUUUCGGCCCCCUCACACCCCCGCAACCCCUUGCCCAACCGCUCACAACAUACCCCCAAAACCCUUGGCCCCCUCACACCCCCAACCCCUGCCCCCCCUUGCUCACACACCACCAACCGCCUUGCCCCUUACACAACAACCCCCACCCCUUACAACUUAGCGCCCUCACACUACCGACUAACCACCUCAACCACCUUGCCCCCCCUCACAUCCCACCCCUUGCCCCUCAAUACCCCCAAGCCCCCCUUGUCCCCUUCACGGUUCAUUACAGCCCCCAAACCCUUGCCCCCCUCACAAACCCCAAACCCCUGCCCCCAACCCCUCAACGCCCUUGGCCCCUCACACCCCCACCCUUGGCCCCCUCAACACCCGCCACCCCUGCCCCUCACAAAACCCCCAAAUCAUCCUUCCCUCCCUCACAACUCCCCACCCAUUGCCACCGCCAAAGUGCUCCAGAACUAA